UUGACACUUAAUCUUUGAUGAUUCUUUGAUUAAAAAAGUCUAGAGUAUCUACCUAAACGAAUGCAAAUUCAUGAAAAUUUUAAAAAUAGGGAGGGUUGUAGCCGUAAUUCAACGAAGGGCAACAGUCCAAUAGAAAAAAGUAAAAAAGAAAAUUCACCUCAAAGCUAUUUAUCAUUAUCUUCAUGUUCUUAUCAACAAGGAACCCGAACUAUCGACAGUAUAAUGUCAGGGGAGUCUUUGUUUAAGGUUUUCAACUUUGAACCCACGAAUAAUUACCAAGAUUCAGAUAAAUGUGCGUGCUUUUGGGAACAUUUAAGAAAAUACACUAACAUAAAACCAGUAGAUUGUUCGCUUGUAAGAGAUACGAGGGAGUUAAAAAAGAAAAAGACUCCAACAGUAAAACCACAAAAAGAGGAAACAAUUUCAUUGAAUUCGCCAGAUUUUCCUUGGGAGCAAUUGUACGAAGAACUACGAAAAAGAAAAAUUAAUUUCGAUUUAGGCACAACAAAAAAAUGCGGAGUAUCAAUUUUUAACGAAUACGAAGACGACGAUACAUCUGAUAAUCUUGUGCUUUUAAGUUUAUGGAAACCAAAAAGUUGUAAAAAAGAAGAAAAAGAGGAAGAACAUAAACCAAUUCGAUAUGGCGACGAGCAGAUAACACCUGUAUGUUCUGAUGUUGCCGAAGAAGAAGGAAGGUCAGUAGAUGGUGAUAUUUCAGAUGAAUUUAUGCAUCCGAUUAAUAGAAUAAAACAAGCAGAGAAAAGUGAGGUCGUGGAUGAAACUGAAGUUCUAAUAACAAUGAGCAGCCAAUCGUCAAAGCAUCUUCGUGGCGAUGACAUUUCACCGUGUAUUAUUCCCGAAGAACCAUCCGAAACCCUCCUCAAAAUGCCAGAAAAUUUGAAUAAAUUUACUGACACAGAUUCUUUGGAAAAGAAGAUCCAAAUAUCCGAUAAAAAAUGCGUUAUGUGCGGUUUUCUGGAUUGUAAAUGCAAAGCAGGAAAGGCGGCUGUCGAAGAUACGACAGAAUCAUCAUUACCCAAGUUUACCUGCGAGAUGACUAAACAUGAACAGAUAAUGAUAAUCGCUAAAGAUACGAUUGUGAAAAUACUUGACUUUUCAAAUAAGAGUCAGCUAAAUGAUAGCAGCGGCUAUAAAUGUUUGCAAACAAUGGCGGAAGAGCAAAUGAAACCUUUGAUUCAAUCAAAGAAGAUAAUACCGGAUGAAGUUCCGAAACGUGGUGAUGGAAUGAUCGUUAUCAAGGCUAUCGAUGAUCUAAAAAUUUCGUCAAGUACUGAAUCCAGCAUAGAAAAUCCCCAUUCAUAACAAUAUUUAAUGUACGCAUUUAAAAACCAAUAAAU